AUAGCCUGUAUAUCGUUACAUCAAGACGUUGGUCAGUCAGCUUUCCCACCACGAUUGAUGAAGAACCCGCCGUCUGUCACGAACUUGAAGGGCUUGGUCUCCUGGGGCUCAUCGGGAUCGGCUUCAGGAAUGGCACCCAUUGUGGCAGUUCUAAGGACAGAGCCUGGAAAUGGAUCUAAAAUUGGGGAAGAGGAAAAGGGGUGGGUGGUGGAGAGGGGGGAGGGGGAAGAGGAGGGAAGCAAGAGAGAGAGAGAGGGCUUGGAGAAAGAAAGAUGGGGGUGAGGUUUGCGCGCUGGUGGAGUGGAAUGAUCCCGUGAAGCAGUACAGCCGGGCCCCAAGUUCAACCUUGACCGCCUACUGUAGCGAGCCACUCAUGCGCCUACCUUUCCUAAACACCCCGAUCCGUCAUCUUGAGGUGGUUCAGGUUCCAACAAGUUUCUGCCUGAGUCAUCCAGGCUCGCACUUGGAAACCUGAACUCGUGAUCCAAUUCCACACCACAGCCAAGCCACAAGGCCCGAAUGAGCUCAACUUCCGUCACCACAUCCGAAGCCUCCCAUCCCAUCUCCUCUCCCCAUCCCCCCAUCCAACCCACCUCCAGC